AUGAUUGUUCAAUAUCAUAUGCACACAAAUUUCACAGAAGAAUUGAAAGUUGUAUGGAGAAAAUGGACAGGCAAGUGUUUUGCACCAAUUUCAUCGGCCAUUCACACGGAGUAUGGUCGCAUGGUGAUUGAUCAAGCAACAUACGAGAUUGCUGGUCUCUAUAUGGUGACUGUCAGCAAUAAUUGGGGUCAAGACGAAAAACCACUGUGGAUUAAUGUCGCACGUAAAGGAGAACAAAAACCACAAACGAUUGAUCUUAAUUUUACUUCAACAAUCUGCGAUUCAGGUCCAUAG